CAACGGCUCGGGCCCGGCACCGGCCAGGGGAAGAGGCGGGGCUUGCCCUGCCCACGUGACGCGGCCGGGGCGGCCUCAGCCAAUAGGAGCGCGCGGAGGCUCCGGGCGGGUUUUGGAUGCAGUCUGUGUCUGAGAAGUAUGAAGAAGAGAUGCCUUCUCUGCACUGGGGCAUAGAUCCUGUAUUUUCUGCAUUUGCAAGACUCUAUAUUAAAGAUAUUACAGAAAUGAGAGAAUCUAUACAGGUGCCAGGUGUAUUCUUUUAUAAUGGACAUCCAAUAAGACAGGUGGAUGUUGUUGGGAUAGUGGUUCAAACAAAGGAGCGAGAUGCCUUUUAUAAUUAUGGAGUGGAUGAUAGUACUGGAGUUAUAAAUUGUGUCUGCUGGAAAAAUCCCAUGGUAGCAGAAACACCUUUAUCAGGUCAUCCAAGCACACCCAGCAGUCUCAGUGUGUUUGAACAGCUGAAGAAACUCCAAGAAACAGUAAGCCAGAGAACCAAGGUGGAGAUUGGAGAUGUUGUCAGGGUCAGAGGUCACAUCCGAACCUAUAGGCAAAAAAGAGAAAUUCAGGCUUCAUGUUUUUAUAAAGUGGAUGAUCCUGUGUGUGAUGUCCAGAUUUCAAGAAUGCUGGAGCUCCCCUGUCUCUAUAGAGAAGUUUAUGAUAAACCUUUCAAGGUCCCUGAGGAAAUACAGAGUGGCUUGGAGGGUCAGAAUUUCUCAAUUCAUAUGCUGCAGGAGAAAGUGCAAGGCUUUCUAUUAGAAAACAAAAUUCAGACCUUUUACCAGCAGGAGUUGGAGACAGUUGAUUCUCUGGUGUCUCUGAUGGGUGUGCAUCUACCCAGCCCCACCUGUGAGGAGGUGAAGUCAGAAAGUAACUCCAGUUCUAAAAGGAUUCACACUGUUUUUAAGGAAGCAAUAAAGAUGCUACAAGAAAAAGGAGUGGUUUUCCAGAAACCUGGCAGCUCCAAGGACUUAUACUAUGUGACUGAGCAUGAUAAGGAGCUGUUUAAAGUGACCCUUGAUGUGAUUAAAGAAGACUGUCGAAAACCCAGGCAUGCUGAAAAAGGCUGCCAUUUCCUUCAUGUCCUGAGUUGUGUUCGGCAGAGCUACAGCCCCUCACUGCCUGAAGUGGUGAUGCACCGUGUCUUGGAACUACUGGAGAGUAACAGUGAUGUUGUCAGCACUAUGGAAGGAUAUUUCAUGGUAUUUUAAAGAGAAAAGAUAAGAGAGGUUGAGAGACUGUGAGAAGCUGUAAUUAUCUGGUGUGAUCUAGAUAGUGGAUAAAAAAGAGCCUUUUGAUUCUUCAAAUGUUAUUUUUGUCCAGCUUCAGAGAAAUUGUUCAAAUACUUGUUUUAAUAUUCUUCCUGACAGCCUUGCUAUUCCUAGUGAAAGUGGUAUCAAACUGAUUCUGGACAUUCUAAUCUAGCAGGGAAACUGGAAAAGAAACUGUGCGCUUGGAGUAGUAUGAGACAUUCACCAUCCUCACAUCUGCAUCCAAUGGGCCUAAAGAAAAGUUUCUGCUAAAGAUCACUGUUUACAGCAGUGGUCAUCUCAGGAGGUAUUUUUCUGGCUUAAAGACUGAUCUUGCUUUACGGUUUCAUAUGGUAAUAGCUGUGGAUCUUUCUUUUUAUGUGAACUUGUGACACCUAGAGAAAGGACACACAAACAGAGGGAUUUGCCUGUCCUUCCUGGCAGUGCUGGUGAUUCUUUGUCUGUGAACAUGUGUUCCUCAAUCUGGACAGCUUUCCCACUACUAAAGCAAUUCUUACCAUUCUCUGUAAAGUAAUGUUCAGGAAUGGGGUCCUGCAUCCCUUCCCAAUCCUGCAUCCCUUGCCCACUGGUUGUCAAGCGUGUGUUUGUUCCUCUGCAAUCCCGUCUGUGCCACUGAUGCCUGUUGUUGUGGUUUCUCUUCAGACAAGAAGUCUCAAAAUCAGCUACAGUUUUCCUGUUUCAGUUGCUUCCUAGAUCACAGAUGGUAAAACAAUAAAUUAGAUUGGAAAAGAAAAUACAGAAGCCAAUGAGACCCACUGUAAUUGCCUCUGCCUGCUAUUUUUUGUGUCUUUUAUUCUUUGGCACUUUUGUGGUAAAAUACUGCCCAUAUCUGUGCUUGCAGAACACAAGGCAUAGAUGAAAGAACACUGGCCUAAAGAAGGUUACCAUGCAAGAUGUUUGAUCUGGAAUAAUUAUAACUCUGUUAUGUGCAACAGUUAAAAAACAGAGUUCAAUAUUUAUGCUUAGAGAGGGCUUGCUACUGCAGGGACUUGUCUGUUUAAUUAAUCUGUUUAAUUUAUGGUGUGGGGGUGAGAUCUUUAACUUGAAAAGAGUACAAAAGAUUGAAUUUAUCCUUUUUUCCUCUGCACCUUCCCUGUAACAGUUGAAACAGCAGACUCCCAGGAGGCAGCUGUAGUGGUAAAGCCCUAUAUAAGGAUUGACAUAGCAGGGAAAAAUAAACCAUAUGCAUGAGGAAAGCCAGUGAGUAGCCCCAUGUGUGCCAGCUCUCUGGUUUGUUCCUCACUCCAAGCCCUGGCUGCAGUGAGAUAUAGGCUAAGAGAAAGGCUUGACAAAAUAUUUGGCAUUUGCAUUCAGAGGCCCAUGGAAAACUCUGGCCUUAAAGAGACAGUAAGUUUGUUCAUAGUAGAGAACUAUGGAUAAAUCAUUCAUUUGCUGUGUGUUCCCUACUUGCUGCAGGACUCAGUAGCUGGUUUCCUCACAUUGCUGCUCGGGUCUGAGUCAGGUACCUUAUAGUCAGAUCUUAAUAUGGGCCCUGAAUGGGUGCUGAAGAGAUGUACCUGUGCAGGAGGAAAUAGAAAAGGAUUAAGGAAAAGCUGUAGAGUGUUUGUUCCCCACUCCCUCCCCACGCCCUGGGUAUCUCUAUAAAUCAGACAGAGACGGCAGAUGCUGAGUGAAGUGCUACUGAGGGGAAUUGAAACUUUAAUUUAUGCCUAUGAGAAGAUCUGGUUGGCCACUGGAGAGAUUUGCUUUUAAAUUCCUGCUCUGAUUGUUGAUGAGUUUGAAGUGAUGCUUUAAAAAAGGCUAUUUAUGGAAGAAGUAGCUUGGAAUAUUGAUCCCUAGAUUCAAAUUCACUUCAGGAAUUGCCCACAGUUAAGCAGUACAUAUGGUUAAGUUGCUUAUUUCGAAUGAAUGUUAGGAUAUUUUAAAGGAAAGUAUGAUGUGUUUCAGACCAUUUGGAAGAGCAUGGCAUCUAAUUUACAAGACUGUCUUGGCCAGCAGAAGCUUAUUUUUGCUGGGAAAGGGUUAAAGGAACAGUGCUAGCUCAAUGGGAAAGGUGAUCUCCUCUCUUAAGUUAGAAGAAAGACCCUGGUUCUCCUGAGGAUGACAGCUGAGUGUGUGGGCUGGAUGAGUUCAGGGAGAAAAAGAGUUUGGAGAUCAUGUUGCUCUUUAGAAUCUCUUUAAAAUAAAUUCAUACCAAAAUAGGAUUAAAUCCUCAGCUUUGCAGUUUGUAUAGUUACAUGUCCAAAUUCUGUUGCCUCCAACUCUGAGGCUGCACUUACUGUGUUUUAGAUGUGUUUCUUUGUGUAAAUUUUGCCUAAAAUCUCUGUCCACUGAUUUUCUAUGCUUGGAGGUAGAAAGGGCAGACACUUAUAUCUGCAUCAGUCCUGCUCUGUUGCAGUUCAACUGCAAAGCCUUGGAGAUGAGGUAGAAGAAACUUACCUCAAGAAACAUGGUAAGUUAUUCUGGAAAGAACCUGUCCCUGGAAGUUUUUAAGUUGAUCCUUGCUGGGAGUACUCAACUCUUGUGAUGGAGGGUGUGUUCUGAUGGUAUUUGUUACCUAAGAACAGGAAAAAGGGAUUUUUCUCAGAUGAGUUGUCUCAGGGAAAUAAGAUGAAUAAACACAAGGGAGCCUAUAGUUUUUACAAGAGUGAAAGGUUAAGCUAAAGUUAAUGGAGGGGGCUAGAUUUAAGCUACACAGAUUUCUGACUGUCUCUACAGAAUAGCUGUGUCUUAAGCUUGCAUGCUUUAUUUUUUCCACAGUAGCCACCUAGCCCAGGUUAGCAGUUACUCUGGUUGAGAGCAUUCCCUCGUGCACCUACAGGGAAUACAAGAUGCGUAUGCCUGCACAGCAGUGCCCUGAGGAGCUGUGGGAGCACAGAGCUCACUGUAGGCUGAUUUACCCAUUCACUCAGUAUCUCUACAGUGUGCUUCUGUGACAGCAGUCUAGACAUACCCAUGUUGGUAUAAGUCACCUUUAUGUAAGUCAGACUACACACACUAGGGCUUUUACUGCAAAUAAACUGUCUCUCUGUUUAAAGAUCAUAUCCUUAACCAACAGAGUCAUAUCAUGCACACUGUUAAAAUUCUUAGACCACACCUACGAAAUAUUGUGCAGAGCAUUCACUGAAAGCAUGCUUUCUUGUUUUGUUUAAUUUGAAAACUCAUUAGGCAACACAAUUAUUACUGGUUUAUUAAAGAACUUAGAAGGUGGCACUUUAAAGUAAGACUGACAAGUGAGAAUUCAUGUUGUAGAACUGCUUCAUGGCCAGUUCCAGUUUCCAUAGUAACAGUUAUGGCAGUAAAAGGUAGGUAAGGAAAAUGGAAUUUUUAAAAGCAGUUGGCAUUUCUACGUUAUCUCAAAAAAAUAAGUUUCUGUAGAAAUGCAGCACCUGAGAACAAAAAUUACCUAAGAAUCUCAGUAUUCUAGGAAAAUGCACGGUGAUUGCUUUUCUGGUGAGGAAACAAAGAAACAGCUUUACCUUUAGUCCCUGCCCUCUGCUUAUGUGAGAGAAGAGAUGAGGUUGCUUCAUACCUCAGUUUCCCCCUUCUGUAAAUUGUGAAUAAUACAACUCCCUGUGUAGGUCAUAAGCCUCAAUUUUUUUUUUUUUAGUCCAAGUCAUUAAAAGCUCUAUGGGAGCUAUUAGAGAAAAACUAUAUGGCUGUGGGGGAGAGAGUGAAUGGAUAGAUGUUGGAGUGGGACUUAGGAAAAGUUGUUCUUCUAUUAGUACUAAUAGCUUUGUAUUUUUGUGCCUCUUUUUCCAUGCAUAUUGCUUUGCUUGUCUUGUCAUCUUUCUCUCCAAGGCCUAUGAGGCAAUGAUGAUCUCUCUGUUUUUAUUUGUAUCAUAUUUUUUCUGGAAUCCUGUUUCCUCUUAUGGCUUCUUAGAUGACUUCAUGAAAAUAGAAAUCCAGAUAAAUUAGUUCUGAGUAUUCUUGUUCUGAAAUUGUUGGAUUGUAAAUUUGGACCCAUGAGGACAUGCAUUUUACACAACCUGCUUGGGAAAUGAAGAUUUACUUUCAAAAUAAGAAAUGAUCAAGUUAAAUAUUGG